UUCUAACCUAAAAAAUAUUCAGUGCGCGACCGGUUUGCAAAACUUGUUUUGGGACAAAAGGUUUUUGUCCCAAAAAAAGAAACAAACGUAAACAAAAGAUUUCCUGGAAAACUGGCCAGAAAUGGGGGAUAGAUACAACAUACACAGUCAAUUGGAGCAUCUCCAAAGCAAAUACAUUGGUACAGGUCACAGUGAUACCACAAAAUACGAGUGGCUCACAAAUCAACACAGAGACUCCCUGGCCAGCUAUAUGGGUCACUACGAUCUUCUUAGCUACUUUGCUAUCGCAGAAAAUGAAUCAAAGGCGCGAGUGAGGUUCAAUCUUAUGGAGAGGAUGCUGCAACCUUGCGGCUCAGUUCCUGAGCCAGAUAAACACGAAGAUUAGGAUAAGGGAUUGUCAGAUGAUUUUUCUUCAAUAAAUUUGUUUACACGCUCAA